UCGCAGCGGCCAGUCACUACAAGCUGUCCCCGCCCCCUCCGCGGCCUGCCGCGACUGCGCGCGCAGAGCCUCUGAGGGCGCCGGCGGGAAGGGAGGCGGCGGGGUAGAAGCAGAUAAUGGUCAACAGUCUCUUUAAUUAACCUGUGAUCAUCAUGUCUAAGGAGGAGUGUGCUCAGGCUGGUGAUAGUUCAUUUUCCUCUGAGAAACAUGCCCAGCUCAUCUUGGCCCAAAUCAAUAAAAUGAGAAAUGGACAGCAUUUUUGUGAUGUACAGCUACAAGUUGGGAAGGAAACCUUUCAAGUUCACCGUCUGGUUCUGGCUGCCAGUAGUCCAUACUUUGCAGCUUUGUUCGCUGGAGGAAUGAAAGAGUCCUCAAAAGAUGUUGUACAGAUUCUAGGAGUUGAAGCUGGAAUCUUUCAGUUGCUUCUAGAUUUCAUUUACACAGGAUUAGUGACCAUAGCUGUGAACAAUGUUCAGGAGCUGAUUGUUGCAGCAGACAUGCUACAGUUGACUGAAGUUGUUAAUCUCUGCUGUGAUUUUCUGAAAGGACAAAUUGAUCCACAGAACUGCAUUGGACUCUUCCAGUUCUCUGAGCAAAUUGCCUGCCAUGAUCUUUUGGAAUUUACAGAAAACUAUAUUCAUGUCCAUUUCUUGGAGGUUCAUAGUGGAGAAGAGUUCCUGGCACUUACAAAAGAUCAGCUGAUCAAAAUUUUACGAAGUGAGGAGCUUAGCAUUGAAGAUGAAUACCAAGUCUUCUUAGCUGCAAUGCAGUGGAUUCUGAAAGACCUGGGAAAGAGAAGAAAACAUGUGGUAGAAGUGUUAGAUCCAAUUCGAUUCCCUUUAUUACCAUCCCAGAGGCUUUUAAAGUACAUAGACGGAGUAUCUGAUUUUAAUCUUCGAGUUGCAUUGCAAACACUUUUGAAAGAAUAUUGUGAGGUCUGCAAGUCUCCCAAAGAGAACAAGUUUUGUAGUUUUCUGCAGACAUCCAAAGUUCGACCUCGGAAGAAAGCAAGAAAAUACCUGUAUGCAGUAGGUGGAUAUACACGGUUGCAGGGCGGCCGUUGGAGUGACAGCAGAGCCCUCAGCUGUGUAGAACGUUUUGAUACCUUUAGCCAGUACUGGACCACUGUAUCUUCGCUCCAUCAGGCUCGAUGUGGACUUGGAGUAGCGGUUUUGGGAGGGAUGGUCUAUGCUAUUGGAGGUGAAAAGGAUUCGAUGAUUUUUGACUGUACUGAAUGCUAUGAUCCAGUUACGAAGCAAUGGACAACUGUAGCUUCAAUGAAUCAACCCCGAUGUGGCUUGGGAGUAUGUGUGUGUUAUGGAGCUAUCUAUGCUUUGGGUGGGUGGGUUGGAGCUGAGAUUGGCAACACCAUUGAACGAUUUGAUCCUGAUGAAAAUAAAUGGGAAGUUGUUGGCAACAUGGCUGUGUCUCGAUACUACUUUGGGUGCUGUGAAAUGCAAGGUUUAAUUUAUGUAAUUGGAGGAAUCAGCAAUGAGGGACUGGAGCUUCGUUCUUUUGAAGUUUAUGAUCCACUUUCCAAGCGUUGGUCUCCACUUCCUCCUAUGGGAACCAGAAGAGCGUAUCUUGGGGUAGCAGCACUCAAUGACUGCAUCUAUGCUAUUGGAGGGUGGAAUGAAACACAAGAUGCUCUUCAUACUGUAGAAAAGUACUCCUUUGAAGAGGAGAAGUGGGUUGAAGUUGCUUCAAUGAAAGUGCCUAGAGCAGGCAUGUGCGUUGUGGCAGUCAAUGGUCUCCUGUAUGUUUCUGGAGGCCGCUCUUCUAGCCAUGAUUUCUUGGCCCCAGGUACCUUGGACUCAGUUGAAGUUUACAACCCUCAUUCAGAUACAUGGACAGAAAUUGGUAACAUGAUCACUAGUCGUUGUGAAGGUGGUGUUGCUGUGUUAUGACACAGAAAUUAUAAAUGAAAAUGUAGGUCCUGACCUUUUAUAAAUCAAAGAUAUAUUUGUGAUAUGACCUUCUGAUUCUUUUGAGGAUUACAUAUAUUGAAGAUAGAUGAGUGAUUUUUUUCUAAAAUUUUGAAUGAGAAUGGAUAUGGAAUAUAUCUUAAUAAAGAACUCAUACUAAUUUGCAAAGCUUA